AUGUUCCCGACAGGCGUGGAUCAGGCUCAGCUUGAUCCUGAAAAGUCAGUCAUUGACUGUUCUGUGUCGUCCCAAGAUUACUCGUUAUUACGCCAUACCACCACGUUUCACGAUGACAGUAACGAUGAUAGGAGAACGGCACAUGCCACGGUGAGCGCUAUGCAACUGGAAACAUUCUCAAUCAGGACGCUGCCACCACCAAAUCAAACUGCCGUCAUCAGGGGGAAGAUUUCUGGUUGCACCUUGGCUGAUACUGAGAAGAAACCCGGUGUUGUGCUACUGCUGAACACCAACACCGCCUUCAUGGAUAUGGCACUGAAUCUGUUGGAGAGUAUCAAGCGGACCGGUGUCUGCCUGAACACCACAAUCAUCGCAGAGGAGAAGAACGCCUACCUGGCUCUGCUCAGUGCUACCAAGGGCGACCCAGUGAUAACCGUGCUGAAAUCGGCCGAGGGAGAAGCCUCAUCGAAAAAGCUCCGCAUUUUCACCCCAGAAUACAACCGCCUUGUGAACAGACGCCACAAGUACAUCCUGUCCCUGUUGCAACAUGGAUUCGAGGUUUUCUUCACGGACGUGGAUACCUUCUGGUUCCAGGAUCCUUUCUCGUAUUUCCAAGGGGACUUUGACAUGUCUCUUGUGGAUGAGCGCUCCCCUUACCCGACCAGACUGCAGAAUAGGUCCUUGCACUGCGCCGGCUUGGGCUACUUCAAGCCAACAAACAAGACCAUCAUGUUUGUCAAGAAGUGGGCGGAAAUACUGGCGGAUCCGAAGCACAGGGGAUCCGACCAGAACAUCCUGAAUGACCAGCUGCACAAGGACCAGCCGGUACGCGUUGACGUCAGACCCUUGCCCGUCAAGCAUUUCCCACACGCUAAUGUGUUUUGGCAACCGAAGUGGAGGAGGGAAAACAACGACACGGUAAUAAUGCACAAUGUGGGAUAUAAGGUACGUGGCCACGACGCAAAAGUGGCCAAGUUCAAGGAAAACAACAUGUGGCUUGUCAACGUCACUGAACCCAACCGCGGUACUAGCUGCAUAAAAAUUGGUCAUCAGAACCUGUACACCUUUAAGAAUGCUUUGGGAAUAACAUACGUAGUAAUUCCACUGAUUACUUCGAGGACAAUUUUUUUCACCAUUUAUUGA